AUCUUCACUCAGUUGUGGACCGUGAGGCGGUCGGGAAACAUUGUUUUGUAGUGGGUGGUUGUUUGUUUUUUUAAUAAGUUUUUCAUUUUUUAAAUUUACUUCAGCUGCCCUUCCUAAUUACUAAUGACUUCGAGAAGGGCUAAAAAUUGAAUUUUUUUCUCUUUUAAAUAAUUUUUUUUUUUUUUAAUACCGUGUUGACAAUGACUGCACUUGAACUUGUUUUGGCCCUGGUGACACUUUUGGCCCGAGAGUCACAUUGUUUCAAUUUUGAGACGAGGCUGCCUGUAAUUAAAGAAGGCAGGGCCGGCAGCUACUUCGGCUUCUCGGUCGCCCUACACGAAAUAUCCGACAGACUACCGCAAAGUCAGCAGUUAAGUAACAGUCGAUUGUUGGUUGGGGCCCCUUUGGACAAAAAUCUUCAACCUCAGACGAACAGGUCUGGUGCCUUGUGGCAAUGUCCAUUGACAAACAAACAAAAUGACUGCUCUCAAGUCUAUACAGAUGGAAUUAUUGAGGAAGGCGAAAGUUUUGACUAUGAUGUUGACGAUCUUCAUCCAGUUCCUCCCAGUGAGUUUGAAAUUAAAGAAGGCCAGUGGCUUGGUGUUACAGUUCGAAGUUUAGGAAAAGGGAAAAAAGUCAUGGUAUGUGCCCAUCGUUAUAUAACGAAGUAUGAUGGUCUAAGACAUGGAAAAGGACACUGUUAUACCCUCUAUUCAGACUUGACAAUUGAAGUAUUAGUAAAUCCUUGUAAGGGACGACCAACUGAAAGGGAACAUGAACAGUAUGCGUAUUGCCAAGUUGGAACAAGUUUGAUGUUAAUUAAUGACACGGCUAUUUUUGGAUCUCCAGGACCUUAUACUUGGCGAGGCACUGUGUUUGUUUCCAGUAUCGCUGAUAGUUUUUUGUAUAGAGACAAAACCAUCUAUUAUACCCCUCACUUUGAAGAUAAUUCACCAGUUGAUAAAUACAGUUAUUUAGGCAUGGCAGUUACUGCUGGCGAUUACUUUGGAGAAGGUAUUGCAUACGCUGCAGGAGCUCCUAGGUCAAAUGGAACAGGCCAAGUUGUAAUUUUUUCAAGAAAAAAUGCUGUGAUCUCAAUGACAACUCGAAUGAUCCUGUCUGGUGAGAUUAUCACUUCCAAUUUUGGUUAUGAACUCUGUACUGCUGAUGUUAAUGGAGACAGGCUACCAGAUUUAAUUGUUGGUGCACCAAAUUAUUUUGAUAAACAUCAUGGAGGUGCGAUCUACAUUUACAUCAAUCACCAGAAUGACUGCAGUUUACAGUGUGAAGAACCGAUAAAAAUAACAGGACAGCAUGAAUCAAGGUUUGGAAUAUCUAUUACAAAUCUAGGUGAUAUUAAUAAAGAUGGCUGUGAUGACAUCGCUGUCGGUGCACCUUAUGAAAACGAUGGUGUUGUUUAUAUAUUCUUGGGAUCACCGAAUGGGACGCUUCCGGAACCGUCACAGGUAAUUUCUGGGUCAGAUUACAAAUCCAAAUCUUUUGGGUACAGCCUGAACGGUGGGGUUGAUGUCGAUCAUAAUGACUAUCCCGAUUUAUUAAUUGGUGCUUUUGAAUCAAGUCAAGUCAUACUACUUCGAACAAGGCCGAUUAUUGAAAUAACAACAAUGCUUAAAUCUGAAUCGGCAAUCAGAAAUAUUGAUCCAACAAGUAAAUAUUGUGCUGAUUAUCCAGAUAUAAAUUUGGCAUGUUUUAAGUUUCAUGCCUGUGUAUCUAUCCACGGUCUUGGAAAAGGUAAAAUAUCAUCUAUAGACUCUAAAUUAGAACUCAACUAUGUCUUACAAGGAGACGUGACAAACAGAUUUCCGAGAGUUUUCAUUGGUAAUGAUUUGAAAUCAAAGCCACAUAAAAAAAAUGAAAUAAUUGCACUUUCAAGACAUAAUUUGACGUAUUAUAGUACCUGCCAUGAAGACAUAGUAUUUCUGAAGGAAGAUACAAAAGAUAUUCAAAGCCCAAUCUCGUUAAGGCUCAGCUACAGCUUAAUACAAAAAGAACCACCGGUGUACAAUGAAGAUGCCAGUUUUCAGUCGAUGUCCAAUUACCCUAUCUUGAACAAGCAACAAUCAGAUAAAAUAUUUCAAGCAACUUUUCUCAAAGACUGUGGUGACAAUGACAUUUGUGAAAGCCAACUUCAAAUCGAUUCGGCAUUAUUACUUCCAAAAUCAAAAUUGGGAGGCACAUGGGAUUUGCCUUUGGGUGAGUAUAAAGAGGUUGUUGUCAAUACAACGGUUCAUAAUCUGAAGGAGAGCGCAUAUGAGGCGUUUUUGAUUGUUAAUCAUUCGCCAAGUCUCAGCUAUGUUGCACAACAGGGGGGCACAGCAUCUUGCACAAGAGUGAAUGAAACUGAGGUUGUAUGUGCUUUGGGAAACCCUUUAGAGAGUAAUGCGAUGGUGAACAUCAUUUUACGGUUUGAACCGUUGUCUAUAAUAGAUGAAAUGUCACAAGUGGAGUUCAAUCUAUAUGCAAACACAACGAGCAAAUUAGAAGACUCUCAAGGGACCGUCAAGUUGAUGGCUGUGAUUGUUCGUAAAGCGGAACUGACACUUAAAGGCUCGACCAGGCAGCAGGAGGUCCUCUAUCAUGGUACUGUUAGGGGCGAGUCUGAAAUGGAGUAUAAGGAUCAAACGGGAAUGAGGAUAAGGCACACUUAUGAAGUUGUUAAUAAUGGCCCCUCACACGUCAAUAAUGUUGAAAUUCAUGUUGAAUGGCCUUUCCAAGUUGCAAACAAUAAACCUAGAGGAAAAUGGCUUCUGUAUAUGGAUGAAGAACCAACAAUAGAAGCAGAAGAAGGGGGCGUGUGCUAUACAACUCCUGAACAAGUCAAUCCUCUUAAACUUAAAGAUAGAAAUACACUACAGACUCGACAGAGGCGGAAUCACACUGAGAAGUUCAGAUACAAGCGAGAUAUUGAAAUGGUUGUUAAAAAAGACCCUGACAAUGUUGUUAGAAUGAACUGCAGAAAUAAGACAGCUUUUUGCUACCGUUUUCACUGUAUCGUCUACAAAUUAUUGGCUAAACAGUCAGCAGUUGUAACUGUUAUGUCCAGACUUUGGAACAGUACACUUGUUGAAGAUUAUCCAAAUGUGAAAUCUGUAGAGAUCGCUUCAUUUGCAAAGCUUUACGUUAAGCAGCACGGGAUUACAAUAACAUCAAAAAGCACUGAUACUGAAGCACAGAUUGUAACUGUUGCAAUAGGACAUUCAUUGAAGCAGCAGGGGUCUGAUGUUAUCGAAUGGUGGAUGAUACUUGUAGGCGUUGUCACCGGAAUCUUGCUUCUACUUCUUUUUGUACUCUGCCUUUGUAAAUGUGGAUUUUUCAAAAGGAGCCGUCCUAAUAAUAAGAUCAGUGGUAAAGUUAUAGAGCAGAAAGAAAGGCUCACCUCUGACGAUAAUAUGGAUUAUUGAAGGUGAAUAAGUGUUUUUAUAUUGGAAAAAAAGGCACAUAUGUAUUUUAUUGUACUUAAAAUAUCAAAGUAUUUUUCAUAAUUUUGUAAAAAACUAGAUUGUGAUAGUUUUUCUGUUUUUCUAGCAGAUCAUGUGCCUUUUUUUUUUGAAAUUUUAAGUAUGAAAGUGUACUUAAAAAUCCUACCAUUAAGAAUCAGGCUUUAAAAUUUAAAUUUUUCAUAUAUAAGAUUAUUUAUUUAUAUUUUUAUUAAUACAUUUACCAAUCUUUUGACUUCCAAAGUAUGGCCUAAUUUUUUUUUUAUAUAUAUAACGAGGAUUACACUUAUUUCACCUUCUUUUUUUUCAUGACAUUAACAAGGCAUUUUAUUAUGAGAGAUGCAACGUUGGUCUCAUGUUAAUGUUAUUUGCAGCCUCAUUGAGGCUUAGUUCCUGAUUAGUUUUCAAGAAUAUUAAGAUGUAGCUGCUCCAGGAAAUAGAGCAGUAAUGUUUAAUUAAACAACAUUUUAAUGUAUAUUGGCAAAAGAUUAUAAUCGUGGAUACCCUUUAAAUUUUUCAAAUUUGCAUAUAUUUUUACAAUCAGAACAGCAAUUUUAACUGAAAGUGAAAAUGUAGUCAUAAGCCAUAUAUUAUUAUCUACUUAAAUAUCAUUUAUUGAAUGUUUAUAAAAUCAUUUUGUUAAAUAGUUUGUGAAUUAUCAAGUUUAAUAUUUAACAAGCUUAUUGUGUUCCAUAUCAAGACUGAUUCGAAAUUGAAAUUGUUCAAUUUAUUGCCAUUUUAUUUUCUAAUUAUGGAUACACUGAUUUUAACCAAGAGGACUGGUUUAAUAUAUGAGUGAACAAAAUGUAAAUUUUAAGUAUUAUCAUGAAAUAAGUGAAAAUCUCAUCUGGUGAAAUGUGUGAACAAACAAAAUUGGCUUAAACAAUGAAAUGCAAAUUAAGUGCUUAAAACCACAACUUGAAUUUAUUAGUUUUAUCAUUUGUAUAAAAAAAAGCUUUAAUUCUACUAACGUGUAUUAAAAUAUUGUUUCUUUAAUGAAAAGAAGGUUGUGGUAGAAUAGAUUAUUUCUCUUCCAAUUCACCAGUUUAUUGUAAAUUAUAUUACUUAUUGUUAUUUUAUGGAUGAUGACAAUAGUGCCUUUGCUUAUUCCUGGUAUACGUUCAAGAGGCCUUGAAUUUUGUUAUAAUUAAUAAUAUUUACACUAAGUGUAAGUCGCAAGUCAAAUUAUGUAUAAAUUUAAGUUAUAGAA